GUUCGAUGCCCAAUGAGAAUCUGCAAUGCGCCGACUCCUUUUCAAAGAGUGAUGAACGUGACAUUUCAAAAUUUUGUCAACAAGACCCGACUGACUCAAGGGAUGAUCAAUUGCGUCAUUGUGUAUAUGGACGAUAUCUUGGUCUACUCAGAGUCCUUCCACGGGCACGCACAACAUAUCGAGUGGACACUGGGAGCCUUAAGCGACGUCGGAUUCAAGAUUGCGCUGGAAAAAAGUGAGUUCUUUCUUUCUGAGAUCUCAUUCAUGGGCUACAUGGUAACUCGGGGAGGAUUAAGGCCCGAUUCGAGAAAAGUUGCGGCCGUUCGAGACGCCCCGACUCCCACGUCGCUGACGCAAGUUCGAGCUUUCCUGGGGCUGGCCUCGUACUAUCGUCGAUUUAUCAAGGGUUUCGCCACUAUCGCACGGCCCCUAACGAACUUGCUGCGAAAGGACCAACCCCUCAGCUGGAACGCGGAGUGGGAACGGGCCUUCGGCGCUUUAAAGGAAGCCCUAGCUACGGCGCCUAUUUUGAUUCAACCGGACCAGGCAAAGCAAUUUAUACUCAUCACAGAUUGGCAGCCUGAGGCAAUCUCCGCUAUCCUAGCGCAGCAGGGGAACGACGGCUGCGAACACGUCAUCGAGUACGCGUCCCGUACUGUACCAGACGAAAGGAAGAACGAUUCGACUUUGCAAGGAGAAUGCUAUGCAGUGAUUUGGGGAAUUCAACACUUCCAUCCGUAUUUGUACGGACAUAAGUUUCUCCUCAUCACGGACCACGAGCCCCUAUUGGCUCUCAAGAGGCUCACUAAUUACAUGGGCAUGAUUGGACACUGGGUGGUACAGCUGCAAGAGUACGAUUUCGACAUCGUCCAUCAAAAGACGGAGAGGUACGGGAACGCGGACGGAUUGACACUACUACACCCCCCAACAAAGGUGGCUACAGGCGAGGAGAUUACUCCGUUGAGAGAACCGGAACCAGUCAGCGGGCCACGUUUUUGCCUCCUCGAGGUCGCCUCCCAUUGGGCGGAACCAGCAGACAGGAGUGUGGAGGACGAGAUCCCGGACGACGAGGUGGAGUUACUGCUCAUCCAGGGUUGGAGAACGGAUACGGAGGGAUAUUUUCUGAAAAUCUUAUUCGGAGAAGUGCGAGACGGCCAUCCGAGCUCCAUUACGGACGAGCUGCCGGUGCUUUUAACCCAAGUGCUGGACGAUCUGCCAUUGGAGAUCCUCUCACAUUAUGACGAGAGGCCGGGGACAGCCACGCUCGCUCGUACCCUGGAGUCGCACCUUCUUUGGUCCACCUGUAUGGAAUUGGAGGAGGGUAGCUACUACUUACCCUCGAUAGGUGCAUACCUGAGCGUCGACGUCACUGAUCUCUCCACGUGGGACCCACUCAUCCGACGCGUUCCUAUAGGAGAAACCAGCGAGGAAGCCGAAGAAGAGGAGGAAGAGGAAACCGAGGAGGGCGGUCACCUUCAGUAUACGGAAGGAGAGAUGACGCUAGAAGAGGAGGAAUCGGGGGCUGAAUCAGACGAUCUCGAUUAUCAAAAUCGGAGGACGCCAGGUCGGAAGAGGCCAGUUCGGGGCAGGCGGAGUCGGAGGAAGAAGAAGGUGGAUCGGGUGGAGGAGGAGAAGCGGGAGGAGCACGAGGACGAGCGGGAGAAGGAGCGGCAGGAGGAACGGGGGAAAAAGCAGGGGAAGCAGCGGGAGAAGGAGAAGCAGCAGGGGGAGAGCGGGAGAAGGAGGAGGAGGAGAGGGAGGAGCAGCAGGAGAACGAGCGAGAGCGAGGCUAUGGCGAGAUCUUUGUCACGUUGUUUGGCGGAGCAGGAGUGCGAGGGGGAGGAGGAGGAGUGGGAGGAGCGCGAGAAGGAGGGAGAGGAGGAGUGGGAGGAGCGGGGAAGGAGCGGGAGCGGGGCUAUGGCGCGGGAAGAGGAGCGGGAGGAAGGGGAGGAGGAACGGGGGGAAAAGCAGGAGAAGCAGCGGAAGGAGGACGCGCAUCAGGAUGAGCAGGAGGAGCAGCAACAGAGGGAGCGAGAGAAGGAGAGGGAGGAGGAGUGGGAGAAGGAGCGGGAACGGGGCUAUGGCGGGAUCUUUGUUAUGUUGUUUGGUGGAGGAGCGGGAGGAGGAGGAGCGGGAGGAGAAGCAGGAGGAGGAGUGGGAGAAGGAGGGGGAGAAGGAGGGGGAGGGGAUUGGGGAUGGGGUUCCAUCUCACAACCCCUUUCUCCAUACUCUCCUUCUCAUUUUGCACAUUCGAAGGCUGCUCAGUUCAUGCACACAUGAAACUGUUGAAGCGGCCCUGCCU